AUGGCUUCGAUUACUAGUUCUUUAAGCUCUCUACUUUUUCUAGCCACUUCUUCACUUUUGCUUCACAGCUCUUUUCAUGUUACGAAAGCACAAACUUAUCCACCCCUAGUGGAAGGACUUUCGUGGGAUUUCUAUGAAUCUAGCUGCCCCAGUCUGGAAUAUGCCAUCAGAAAUCACCUCAGGCAAGUCUUCAAUGAUAGUAUUGCCGUAGCUGCUGGCUUGAUUCGCCUUCACUUCCAUGAUUGUUUCGUUCAGGGUUGUGAUGGUUCAGUGCUAUUGGAAGGAUCAACGAGCGGGCCGAGUGAGCAGGAUGCGCCUCCCAAUUUGUCAUUGCAACCUGCAGCGUUCAAAACCAUAAAUGACCUUCGUGGAAUUAUAGAGAGCCAGUGUGGUAGAGUCGUGUCCUGCGCGGAUAUCACUGCCCUUGCUGCCCGGGAUGCCGUUUACCUGUCUGGUGGCCCUUAUUAUGAUGUUCCACUGGGAAGAAGAGAUGGACUCAGUUUUGCUACAAGAAAUCAAACAUUAGCCAAUAUUCCUUCACUAACACUCAACACAAGUGGCCUCUUGACCUCUUUUGCAACCAAGAAUUUGAAUGCCGCUGAUCUUGUGGCUCUAUCAGGUGGUCACACAAUUGGGAUUGGCCAUUGCCCUUCGUUCACUAAUAGACUCUAUCCAACUCAAGAUCCUGCCCUGGACAAAACCUUCGCCAACAACCUUUAUGAGAUUUGUCCCACAUCAAAUUCCACGAAUGCUACUGUGAUGGACAUCAGAAGUCCAAAUAAUUUUGAUAACAAAUACUUUGUUGAUCUCCUGAACCGGCAAGGACUCUUCACAUCAGACCAAGACCUGUACACUGAUAGCAGAACGACGGAAAUCGUUACAAGUUUUGCUGUUGAUCAAAACGUGUUUUUUGAGAAGUUUAUUUAUGCAAUCACAAAGAUGGGGCAGCUGAGCGUGUUGACUGGUACUGAAGGAGAAAUUCGGGCAAAUUGCUCGGUUACAAAUUCAGAUAGUUUGUUCCUUCCCCGGUCGGUGGAAAAGGAAGAAAUUGGCUUGGCCAAGUGGUGA